GCCCAGUCACGAAUUCUCGCCUUCUGAAACGCAAAAUCGACCUACCAUCGCCACUAACACCUGUAACACAACACCAACAUCGCCUACUUCAUCUUGCGGAAAUUGCACUCUCCCCGGCUUUUUGCCCGCACGACCUCGCCAUGCCUCAGUUAACAUCGAGCUUUGCCUCCGCCGCCGCAGGCCAGAACCGCGAUUCCAAAGCGAGCGGACGAAGCGAUUUCUCUCGCGGAGCCGGAAGUGGUGAAUGGCCUCGCUCGAACGGCACCAGAACCUUCCGCCGAGCGUCUACCACCCCGUUCAACCAGUCCUCCUCCGCGAAUGCGACAGACGCCUCACAACAGACGGCCGCCGACCCCCCUCAAACGUCUGCGAACUCCCAGUCUGCCUCCUUCGAUCCUCAGAACCCUCCUCGCUAUACCAGGGAGGAGCUGUUGGAGAUUUACAAGAACGAUUUCGACCCGUCUCAGAUCGACACGUCGAGCAUCCUCAUGCCCACCUGGAACCCGGCGCAAAUGAAUGGGAACCAUGCUCGUCCUUGGGGCAAGUCUUCAGAUUCCCCUCAUUUGCCGCAGGACCCGAGCGUGUGUUGGGACGCGGAAGGCACGGUGAAACCCAUCAGUUUUGAGGACAUGUCGCCAGAGGAGCGGGAGAUGUUCGCCACCGAUGUCAAUUCGACUCUAAAACCACCCCAGCAAAACAAAGAUGGGAGUCAUUCGGGGGCCGGAGGCGUCAACGGGCGGAAAACCUCGGUAAGCGUUGGAAACCAAGCCAACUACCAAACCUCGUCGCCAUCUACCGCCUCCCGGCCAGGCACCCGCCGACGAGAGACGACGGAUACGAACCCUUUCCCGGGGGGGUCGACCGCAUCUCCGACAGCGAACCGUUUCGCUCGCGACGAGUCGUGGCUCCCUCGACAGAGUACCGAGGCGAAGGAAACCAUAUCCGACGAGCCGGAGGAGGAUGCGAGUGCUCGUGAUGCAACUUCUACCAGGCCCCCGCCGUUCGGAUUACCGCGCAGUAAUCCGACCGGCACCUCGGGUUUCGGGGCCCAGAGCUCGCUUUGGGUACCAGGUUCCACACCGGCCGGUUCUGGCAUCGGCGCGUUCGGAAACUUUGCUCUCCCAACGCCGGGUAUUGGUGACAAGCGUUUCGGCACCGGCGGCAGUCGCCUUGCGCACCUUAUUCCCAAGGACUCGACAGACAAUUCCGGCUCGAAGCCGAGCGAUGCUCCCAGCUGGCGCCCUCGUCAACGUACGGAUACCGACCCCUUCGCAAAUGACGAUGGCCUUGCGGGUGGCGCCAUGUUAAGCGGGGGGCACGACGACAGCCCGCCGACCACUGCUGCUCCGCAGCAGCGUGGCGGCGUCUUCGACACCCCUGUCAAGGGCAACGCCGGGGACUUCGGCAUGGCCGGGCUAAACCUUGGGAACCAGGGAGACGGCAAUGGCCCGGCGAGCCCUUCUGAGACGAACCCGUUCCGCAGCCCCACUGAUCGGAAUGAUGACGGCCGUGGAGAACACGACGGGGAUCGGCAUGGUCAGCCAGGUCCUGGAUCGGACCAGCAGUCCAAUUUCGGGACUUUCCCCCGGUCUCUCGGUGCGGCGCCCUUUGAUGGUAGCGACCGGAGCCAGACUUCAAGUGUUGGGGCCAAGGGUUUCGCCAGUGUUAAUCCCCUUUCCGGUUGGCCAGCUGGGCCGACAGCCAGCACUCCUGACCGAGAGCGGGCGCCGUUCCAGCAUGCCUUCGGGAACAGUUUCCUCACUCCUUUCACUGACCUUCCGUCCCCCGGUCUCGGCGGGCUCGGCGGCGUGUUUGGACCUCCCAGCGCUUCUAGGCUGGGACGUGGGAAGCUCGAGUCUCUGUUCCCCCCGGCCAUGCAGGCCCAGAUGCAUGCUCAUGACCAGGACAAACUGAGUGACUCUGUUCCCGAUCUUCGCCAGGCAAACCCACUGGGUGCCAUCGGUCGUGGCACGAUGGGUCUGCAGCGUGACACAGGCAGCCCCGUAAGGUCGACCAGGAGCGGUUUCGAAGACCUCUUCUCGACAUCGGAGUCCGCCCGGUCGCCGUUCUCGACGGCUGAGCAAGCUCAGCCCAGCCUCACCUCGACGGCCCAGGCGCAGUCUUUUGCCGCCACCGCCGGCGGAGCAUCAUUCCCGACCACCCAGUCCUCUGACCCCACUCCCGUCAGAACCAUGGUGAUGCCCGACAGAAUGCGCUGGGUUUACCUGGAUCCACAGGGGACCAUGCAGGGACCGUUUAGUGGUCUGGAGAUGAACGACUGGUACAAAGCCAACUUCUUUACCCCGGACCUCCGCGUCAAGCGUCUCGAGGAUCCCGAUUUCGAGCCUCUCGGUCAACUCAUCCGGCGCAUCGGAAACUCCAGGGAACCCUUCCUUGUCCCCCAAAUGGGCAUCCCCCACGGACCUCCUCCCUCGGCUGGACCCUUCGGGGGAAACUCCUCCGAGGCUGUCCCACCGCUUCAAAGCGCGUUCCCAUCCUUCGGGCGGACGCUCACGGCGCAGCAGCAGAACGAGCUUGAGCGUCGGAAGCAAGAAGAGCAGAUGUUCCAUGCUCGCCAGCGCGAGCUCGCUCAGCAUCACGCCGCGUUUGGCAGGUUGCCGCCAAUCCAGCCCGGGGCCUUGCAUCACCAUUCUAGCGCCCACAGCCUUCAGAGCCAGCCUAGCUUUGGCAGUAUGACGUCCCCGAUCGGAAUGACGCCGCAACAUCCCCUCGGCCCUAUCGCCCCUGCCGGUGGGUUCUUCGAUUCAGCCGCGGCCAUGGCGCCGGGCCCCUCUCAGGGUCCCAUUGGGCCUAAUGCUGACCUGUUCGCCCCGGAUCUGAACUUUGCCGAGCGCCAGAUGUUGGCGAGCAUGCAGUCGGCUGGAAGCCUCUCUGGUAACUUCCCUAGCUCCCAAGCUGUUGGCGGUCGCGUCGGAGAGUCGACAAGUAGUUUGCGCAGUCAGCUGCCCAGCGUUGAUCAGCUUCAGAAGGAUCCUGAAGGGUUCAAGGAGCGACUCGAACAGUUUAACGAGUUGCGGGCACAGUUUGAUGCAGAGCAAGCUGCUGCCGAGUCUAAAGCUUCCGAGGCAAAGAAAGAACCGGAGGGACCCGAGAAUCAGGCGGUCAGCCAGGCCAACGCCGAGUUCGCGCAAGAUACGACCGCUUCCACUUCGCAGCCUGCCGAGAAGAAGACGGCGGCUCAACCCCAAGCUGAGCUCACGCUUACCGAGAAGGUCCGCAAGACGCAGGCGGACAACGCAAAGUCGUCUCAGCCGGCAGCGGGUUCGGACCUUCCCAUGCCGUUCCCCCCGCCGGCGCAGUCUACGACUAUCGCAGCCCCCACUGCCCAGCGUCCGGCUUCGAACCUGCCGGCUAGAUAUGGUGAACGCUCCGCAUCGGGAACCCCGGAGACAAGCUCAGAUGCGGCCGCCCUCGCGCCGCCUCCUACGGCUCCCUGGGCACCGCAGCCCGGUGCGGGCAUCCAGAAGGGUCCGAGCCUGAAGGAGAUCCAGGAGGCAGAAGCCAAGAAGGCUGCCAAGAAAGAGGAGGCAGCGGCUGCCGCGAGGAGGGCUGCCCUGGAGCAGGAAGCUGCGGCCAUCCGGGAGCGCGAGAAGGCGGCUGCUGCCGCUGCCAAUUCUGGCCUACCGGCGACCAGCACCUGGGGUACCGGUUCUCCUGUGGGCGCGCCAGCCGGUAGCCCGUGGAAGCAGCCCGCUGCUCUCAAGAACGCCAUGGGUGCGGGCGGUUCCGGGAACGGCGCUCCCAAGAAGACGUUGGCUGAGAUCCAGCGGGAGGAGGAGAUGCGGAAGCAGAAGGCGGCCAAGGAGGCGGCCGCUGCCGCCCAGUCAAGCACGACUCCGGUUCCUUCGAUGGGCAAGCGGUAUGCCGAUUUGGCCGGCAAGACGUCGGCAUCGCCCGGCCCCAUGGCGUCUGCCGUGGCCGCUCAGCCCAGCCAGGGCGGCGGUUGGGCGACUGUCGGUGCCGGUGGCAAGCUCAAGGUUCCUACGGGACCUGCCGCCGCGCAGAGCCGGUCCUCAAGCGUGGGCAAUGUCAAGACUACUCCCUCCCCUGCCACUGUUAAGGCUCCGGCCAAGCCGGCUCAGACGUCGCUCAAAGACGCCAAGAGCCUUGCCAUGGAGGAGUUCAAGAAGUGGGUGCAUCGCGAGUUGGCGCGUGGCCUUAUUGGGGUCGCCGACAUUGAGCAAUUUGCUGUCAUUCUGCUAGAAAUGCCCCUGGACCCCUCGCUCCUCGCCGAAGCCGUGUACGGGUACAGUACCACCAUGGAUGGACGCCACUUUGCGGAAGAAUUUGUCCGGCGCAAGAAGCUUGCGGAUAAGGGCAUUGUCGAGAAGGAGCCCAUCAGUGCGGCCAACGACCCCAGAAACAGCAGCAACGGCGGUUGGAGCGAGGUGGCUAAGAAGGGCAGCGCAAACAGUGCGAGCGCCGCGGCAGCCGCUAAGGACGAGAUCCCUGGAUUCAGGGUGGUUCCGAGCAAGAAGAAGGGCAAGAAAUAGGCUGAUCUGCUUCUUGUUUGGCACGUGUAUUGGAACGUGUAUGGGCAGGCAGAACCAUUUUUGGACGAUGAGCUGCACAGCGCUUGAUCA